AUGGAGGAAGCAUUAUGUCCUAAGAUCAGCAUGGAGUUUCAGUCAGAAGAUGAGGCAUACAACUUCUACAAUAGGUACGGAUUAAUUGUUGGGUUCAGUGUUCGGAAAGACUAUUUGAACAAGGAUAAAGACGGUGUAGUUACAUCGAGAAGUUUAGAAUGUGCUCAUAUGAUGCGUUCACAAAGAAAAGUAAGUAUUUCUCAAGGAGCCCAAGCUGAGAUUGCAAAUGAUGUAGGAAUAUCCUUGAAACAAUCCCAUGAACUCAUGAGAAAAGAGGCAGGUGGAUUAGGCAAUAUUGGCUACACUCGUGAUGACUUAAAACACUAUCUACGAACAAAAAGAGAGAGGGGAUUAAAGUAUGGUGAAACUAGUGCAAUGCUACGAUACUUUGAAGAAUAA